CGCACACUCACACGUUUCCCCCUCGUCUCCUUCUUAUUAUUUUUUUUUUUUCGAACAACAAACUACCGUACAUAAACAUCAACUCACCCCUCGUCCUUGGAAUUUUUCUACAACUGCUACUCCUCAUCGAAUAUAUCAACUCCCCACUCUUCAUACAUAAUCGUUGGUGUUUCUUUCUCACUUUCAUCCUCUAACGAGAAGAAGGAAGAGAGGAAGGGAGAAAGAUUGAAUUAAAAGGUUCCCACGAAUACCCCACACCAUACGCACAUUUUUUCUUCCAUAACUCCUCCUUUCAUUCUUCCCCCCCCCACCCCCAACAUCACACCUUAAAUAAGAGGUGGAGGAACCAUUUACCAUCUACCUGGUUCCUCUUCGUUUUAUUUAUUGAGGAAAAAAAUAAUCAUAUCCUUCUUCUGCUCCUUUUGGUGGUCUGCAAAACCAGCAUAUUAAUUCCUCAAUGCCUAAAGGCCGCAACAGUCGACCCAGUCUCUUCGGAUAUCCCUACAAGAAGGAGAAGUGAACCCUGAUCUACAACGAACCUUACCGACACAACCACUGCAACUACUACACCCACCACACUUUAUACCCACACCACCACUACUAAAGCUACUAUUCCAACGCAACGCAGAGCAACGGGUACUACACACCUUUACGAAAGCUACCGCAACAACAACACGGCCCAACGGGAAGAAAGUAAAAGAAAUAUCCAGGACCGACCUUCCUUUCUUUUUCUUCUCCUUCUUUCGAAAUAGGAAAAAAAUAGAUUGGAUUCGAAGCGAAAAUGGGUCUUCUGGACACAUUAUUCAACUGGGUGCUUACCCGCGAACAACGCGAACGGCACUCCCGAGCGGUGUGGGAAAAAUCUGUGUGCAGGUCUUCGUUCCCGGAAGUACCCGCAACGCCAUACAACACCCCCACAACCCCACGAUCGGAAGCCAUGACCCCGUCACUAUCUUCGUCGUCCACGUCCUCCACAUCAUCGGCUGUAUCAUCGGGCAUCUGCUCACCCGUACGGUCCAGGCCAUCGACAUCAUACUCCACAUCACCAAGGCCUGAAUACCGCCGCCACACAUCCAUAACCCGCAGCCCCAUCUCCUACGAUGCACUAAUUGACACCAAGUCCCCCACCCCGGCACCACCCACCAAGCCCACUGCCACUGCUGCUCCACCAUUGUUGUACCCACUGCCCCCACUAGGCCCUAUGGAAGGGAUAGGGAAAUACCGCCGCUCAAUCCACGUAACGGAGCAAUUCAUCGACUCGUUACGAAGGGAUAACAUCGCAGCGCUGCAACCCCUUCCAUCGUCAACCUCCUCCUCGCCGACCAAUCCCGCACCAUACCUGACCGAAGACGAGCCCCGUCAGGGACGAAGGCUGUGGCGUGAUUGCCCUGGUAACAGAACGACUACCACCCCCCCGAGAGCGUACUCCACCUCUCCUACAAUCUUACCAGCUGAGGAAUCGCCAAGACGGCAGAGGAGCCUUCCGCCAAGAUGGAAGGCUGCGGCGGAAAUUGAAGUCGAGGAAGUUGUCGAACCGGUCAGGAAGGGCGGGAGGGGCGUGCAGAGCAAGAGGAGGGUUCAGGGCGGAAGGGGCAAGCAGCAGAGAGUUGGAGGAGGAAAGAGACAACCAGCCGGUCCAUACCCACUGCCGAAGGCACCCAGAAUCACCGGACUCGGCCUCAAGAGAGUCGCACCAGGGAGGAAUAUGAGCGCUAGCAUGGAGACUCUCCUCUCUGGCGAGGAAUGAGGGAUGCGGGUGAUUGUUCGUGAAAUAUUUAGCGCAUCAUGUUUUGCCUUAUUCCCUUACUGUUUUAUUUUAUUAAUUUUCAUAGUGUUUGUUCAUGCCUUUCAUUUGUUUGGGAAACGGACGGAUCAAGUUUAGCAUGGGUGGAUGGGAAAUCUUUGGGCGUUUGUUUUUGUUUCCUCCAAGUGGCAUUUCUUUUAUUUUUAUUUGGCAAACGAAUGGUGAUGACACUUCACGAUCACGACAUUUUUAACGAAAGAACGAAACGAAACGAACCAAAGAAAAUUAGUCUAAUAACUUGUAUUUUGGUUUUUUUUUUCUAAUUUCUUAUUUUACGCUAAUAGUUAGUUUUCUUGUCUUUUUUUUUUUUUUUUUUUUCCCUCACUUUUUCCUGUUGCCACAAUACACGAUGGACGAAAUUUCUUUGGUUUGUCUUGCCUAUCAUCACUAUCAUAAUAUUAUUAUCAUGGUGUAUCGUACAUACCCACCACUACACAACCUAAUCUACUAUACACAGGCUAAAAAAAGAAGUCACAAACAAACAAACAAAAGGAAAAACAAA